ACAAAAUGUUUGCACCUUUGGAGGGUAAUGGGCGGAGUAUUGCACAAGCAGACCAAUGACAAAAGCCUGAGAUAUAAAUGACAGGAGCAUAAGUUCCUUUGUCCGACCACAUAUUUGCUAUAUAUACACGGGGGUUCAUAUUUUCCACAAAAGGCUUUGUUGAGAGAAUCGCAAUGGACAUCAAAACAUAUCACACCAUCUCUAUACUGCUCUGUCUUUUCUCAGGAGAGAACUGUGAUCAAACAGUGUACGGUAAGAUGGGAGAAAACGUAUACCUACAUCUACGGAAGUCAGACGGAAAGUAUUUUUCUAAAUUUCAAUGGUGGCAUAAAAAUAUACUUAUAGCCAAGACAGCAGGUUCUAUUAACACUUCUGCAGAGGUUUUUAGUAAUGGAACACUGAAACUGCAUAAUGUCAGGAGAAACUGCAGUGGAGUUUAUAGUGUUAGUGCCUACGAUGCCCAAGGCGUGGUCCAUCUGAAGGAGAGCUCUCACUUGGUUCUGAUUGAUCCUCCGGUGGUUGAGCUUGUUGCCUGUAUCCUGGGAGUUUCUGUGUUACACUGUGCGGGGGAAAACGGUCCUGAUGCCGUGUACGAGUGGAGGGUCAGUGUCCAGAACCAGGGACGUCUAAAGGUCUCCAAUCAUACAGGGAAAUUUGUGACUCUGGACUAUUCAACUGGAAACAUCUCCUGCUCUCUGGAAAUUGGAAACUACAGCAGUCGGAGUGCGUCUUAUUCCCUGUCCUGUGCAGGGUCUGCUCGGUUGGUUCCAGAAACACAGUGGUGUGUCAGUCUCGGGGUCACUGUCAUGCUGGUCCUUCUCUGCUUCAUGACAUGUGGAAUUUCAGUCGGUGUACAAAUAUGCCGCAAGCGACAGAAUUCAAAUGUGAAGUCUGAAGAAAGAGGUCACUCUCUUAGGAUGACCCUGGAUGACGGGAUUGUUUACAGUGAUGUACAGUGAAGUUGGAAAAUGAGACAAAUAGCUUUUUACAUCCCUUUUAUUAAAAAAUCACUGUUAAAAAUCUAUUUCAGAAUCUAUUUUUUGUUUUCAUGACACCUGAAAUAUGUAGAAAACAGUAAUUCUGUGCAUUGAUAUCUUUAGGAAAAAUGGAUUUAUAAAAACUUUGACAAAUGUGUGUAUAUUUAUGUGUCUACAUAUGCGUGUAUAUUUUUGUGUAAAAUUUACAUACGUGUUGCAUAUAAUUGUGCUUACCUUUUUUGUGAUAACUAUGUGGCAAAUGGCUGUGGGUGUGUGUCUUUAAAAUUAAAGCAACAGGAAAAGCAA